UCUCUUGUCUAACAUACAACCCCUACAACAAUCUGUAGAUCUUAUAUUGUAUUUUAUAAAAAGAGAAGAAUUAGAACUGUUAUAAUUUCAAAUUCAAAAGCGUUAGGGCUUUUGUUUAUAAAUAAGAUUUUCCAGUAUAAAUAUUAAUUUACAGUAAGUUAAUCGAUGGAAAAUAUAGACAGAUUGUCACAAGAUGAGUACGAAAAUCAGUAUUAUGAAUUUAGUUCCUCAGAUUUGUUAGAAAAAUUUAAUGAUGUAGUUAAAAGGACAAUACAGCUUGCUUUAUCUAAUGUGGAAAAUAGUCUUGAAGCUAUUACUGGUUCUGAAACAAUCCAAAAAGAUUUGCUUAGAAGUAAAAUAGAUCAAUUGUAUGGUUUCUAUAUGGAAAGUGCCAAAAAGGCUCUCUGUAAAUUUGAAAAAGAAGCAAGAAGUACAUUUGCAAUACCUCCUAAUGUUUUACUUGACGAAGAUAAAUUCAAAGUAGAAACAGCUUCAGAAGAAGAAAUAAGUAAUUUGAAAAGUGACAUAGAAGAACUAGAGAAGACACUUAUUCAAGAAAAAAUGUUUUUGGCAAAAUGUAACCAAAUGAAAGAAACAUAUCAAAAUAAUAUUAAUCCAAUCUACAAAAAAGUAAGUGGUGUAUUGAAAAUCGCUAAGAAUAACUUAAAAGACUCUUCAUCACCACAUGAUGCCAAACUGAGGGAAGUUUAUUACACAAAAGUAGAACAAUUUACAGGGACGAAACAUAACAAUGUGAAGAAACAUGACUUUUUUGACUAAAUGUUAGGUUCUAUAUUUAUAUCUAAAUAAGUGAAUGUAUUUUAUAUUAUAACUUAUGUACUGUAUUUUGUGGAUAUUUUAAUGUUUUAAGUGAAUAAAACACAUUUUAUUAAAAAUAA